CUGACCAUGAGGGAAUAUCACUGCUUGCUGCAAUUACUGUGCCCAGAUUUCCCGCUGGAGCUCACUCAGAAAGCAGCCAGGAUUGUGCUCAUGGACGACGCCAUGGACUGCUUGAUGUCUUUUUCAGAUUUCCUCUUUGCCUUCCAGAUCCAGUUUUACUACUCAGAAUUCCUGGAGAGCGUGGCUGCCAUCUAUCAGGACCUGCUGUCAGGCAAGAACCCCAAUACGGUGAUUGUGCCGACGUCGUCCAGUGGGCAGCACCGCCAGCGGCCUACCUUGGGCGAGGCCAGCAUGCUGGAGGGCGUGGAGGCGUCACUGUUCUACCAGUGCCUGGAGAACUUGUGUGACCGGCACAAGUACAGCUGCCCACCCCCAGCACUCGUCAAAGAGGUCCUAAGCAACGUGCAGAGACUGACCUUCUAUGGAUUCCUCGUGGCCCUCUCAAAGCAUCAUGGGAUCAACCAAGCCCUAGGAGCUUUGCCUGACAAAGGGGACCUGAUGCACGACCCAGCUCUGGAUGAGGAACUAGAACGGCUGCUGGCGCAGAUCCCAGGCCUGGUCAACUCGGUCACUGCCGGUCCAGAGGCCAGCUGCCUGCCUGCCCGGACCCCUCCCCGGGUUGGCUCCCCCUGGAGACCCCUGCAUCACGCCCGCAAAGUGGAUGCAGAGAGCGACGGCUCCACCGAAGAAACAGAUGAGUCCGAGACUUGAGGAGUCUGAAGGGUCCUGUCUACAACGCCCAGUACCCAGCUCCCCGCCCCCCCACGCCCCCCCUCCCCACGUCCCUCCAGCCCUUGGGACUCCAGGCCACCUCCUCUCCCACCCCCGUGCCAUGCUGCCCUCUGCUGGUGAAAAGGCUAAAUAACUGCCCCAGCCCAGAGACCCGCCAGAGGGGUUCUAAUGAUCAGCCAAGCUAAGCAGUGACCCUAGCAAGUUAACAGCCUAUUCUCCUGGCUCUGUCAGUCUUUCAUCAGGCCCCCAAGCUGACAGCAGAUUGAGCUGAGGCCACCAGAAAGGUGACUUGGCUUUAGCCUUUUGCUGACGGUCCCCAUCUCCUCACAGCAACUCCAGGAAGUGGGGGAGACCGUGCAUAACCAUGCAGGACCUUGCAUGGUAAAGGGUGACACCCAGUGAUGCAAGUAUUAGGAUAUAGCCAUGGUGGCCUUCUGCUAGAGGAAUAGCCACUAGCCCUAAGAUGGAGAAGAAGGGUGGGUGAAAAGACAAAUUUCACUUUCAAACACUGCUUCGUCUCCUGUGUGUCUAAUAGUUAAAUAUGUGAAAUGAAUAAAGUCCCUUGUGUCUGGUAAGUGGUGAGUCUAAAGCCACUAGACUGAGGAGGUGAAGGGAAGGGGCACGUUAGUUUUUGGUGCCAAGUUCCAGCUUUUUUCUGGCAGGACUGGAAAGUGGGGGCCAGAGGACCACUCAAGCCUGGAGAACUGCCUCAGAUAAUGGCAAAGAGGGGCUUACCUCCUGCACAUGACCUCAGCCUCUCAUGGGAAAGGUGCCUCACAGCUGGAAUGGACCUUCAGAGAACAAGCUCAGAUGGUUCAAGGCCAGGUUCCCGUAACUUUAGAGACUCUGGCCACGAAGGGUUAGCAUCGCAGAGCCUCUCAACCAGAGUUUCAUUAAGCAUUUUCUAAGUACCUGCUCGGGGUUAGGCCAGUGGGGAUGCAGCUGUCAACAAGACAGGCCGAGGAGUACCAGCUUCCAGCCAAGGCCGGAAGGUAAGGCCGACGGUCUUCAACUGCCCUGAACUGGGCAGGGGUCCUUGAACUGGGUAGUUAACACCCACCUAGGGACCCAAACAGAGCAGGCCGCUUCCUCUGAAGCCACUGGGCACACACAUUUUCCUGAGCUCCUCCCUGCCCAGACCAGCACCCCUGGAUAGUUACAGGGACUGGCUCCCAAAGCCCUGCAGCACUGGGCCAGGACUGUAAGUUCCAAGCCAUGUGGUGAGGACUCAGGACCAGUCAUCUCCAGCCUCCAGCUGAUUGAUUGAGAACAGUUCAAAAAUCCAUCAGUCACCUGGGGAGCUUGCUUACAACGCAAAUGACCAAGCUCCAGCUUGGGGUGGGGCACAGAAAUCUCCAUUAUGAACACUCCGGAUGAUUCCAAAGCUCCAAGAUCCACACUUUGGAAAUCACUGGCUUAGAGCCCCACGGCUCCCUCCACCCAUCCUUUCAAGUCACCCACAUCUCCCAGACAGUGGUUUACAGCUGUACCCCGAAGACCCCUAAGGUGGCACAGAGAUGUUCCACGAGCCCCUAUAGGCAGGGGU